CACACGUGUCAAUGUCAAAAGAUUAAAAAUUUUUUAAUAAAAAAAUUUUUCUUUAAUGUUGUUAACAAUGUUAUAUAUUAUAUAGAAAUGGCAACGACAAAUCACGAACUUUUGUUUAUUUCCAUAUUCCUGACUAUAAAUUUGAUCGGAGAACUUGUCCAAAUAGAAACAUUUGCUCAAGUUCAUUCAAAUUCUAAUAUAACUAAUAAUUCAAGUUCUAAGAACACUGUGGCACAAAAUGCUCAGCACGUAAAUGAAAAUAAUAAUAUAGAUGAUAAACAGAAAAAUUUGUUACCUGACAAUGAAAGUAACAAUUCAGAUGUUGAAUCCGGAGCUGUGAUUAGAGGAAUUUUAGUUUUUGUUGGAAUAGGUUUAAUAUUUAUUGUAUAUAUAGCUUGUAAGACAUACAGAAGGAACAAAAUGCCAAUUAUAAAAAAAUAUGGUGUAAGAGGCCGUAAGUCAGAUGUGGAAAUGAAACCCUUACCACUCGAUGAUGAUGAAGAUGAUGAAACUGUUUUCGAUUUAGGAAAUUUGAAUAAACCAUAAGUUCUAUAUCAACAUUUUUUAUAUAAUAAGAAGCCUCAAGUUCAUUUGUCGAAGUUUGAAAUGUUGAAGAACUAGAUCUCUUCCCAAUUUCAUCAGAAAUUUGCGUUGGUUCAAGGUUCCUUCUGAAUUAAAACUUGUACAACUACAAAGGCGUUUAUUGAAGCUGUAUUCAAAAGUGAGAAAAAUACUGACAAAGGCCUUCUACGACUAUUAUAUGAAACAUUGUAAUUGCUGUAGAGCUCAUCAAUUACAUCUAUUUUAUGUAUACACUAUCCUAUAGCACGAGGGCCAAUUAAAAAAUGGGAAAGACAUUCAUAAAAGUUAACAAUUGCACAAUCAAAGUUGUGAAGUGCAAGUAAACAAUUGUAUAUAUAGAUAAAGUGUAAAUAAUAUAGGUACACACAAAAAUGCAAAAAAAGUAGGUUUAACAAUUCUAGAAUUCCAUGAUAACUCUCCCAAAUACGAAUAAUGAGAAAGUUCUUCUGGCUUCUUUGUACAGUCUUCUGUUAAAUUAUUUCCAGGAACAUAUAUAUUCUGUACACUAUCAUACUAUCAUCUUUAUUAAACUGCAGUACAGUAAUACCGCGGACUUAAGCGGUAGGUGGGACCGAGCGAUUGCCGUGUAAGUCGGGGUUCAACUUUGCGUAUAAAUACAUAUAAAGUAUGUUUAAUCGGGACCAGAGUUCAAAGAAAACAAUAAUUUCGAAGAAAAA